UCAGAUUUCAGAAAUCAACAAGGCGCAAGUGAAUUAGUAUUGACUUGAUACGGUGAUACCUACCUACUUUGAAGUUUGAAGUUGCAACUCAUUACAACUAUUCACAGAAUUCUGUGGCCUGUGCACAUUGAUAAUUUGAUAAUAAUAUAAAUAGGUAAUCAUUUACCUACUCAUUAAUUGACAAUUAGUUGGAAAUAAUUAGAUUUCAUUAUUUUUCUGUGAGAGACAUUAUCAAUUUUAAUAAUGCCCCAGUCAAAUACACAAGCUGGUGACACCGGACCUCCGAAGGGCAUUCCUGCCCUAAAAGCAUAUGUCAUCACCAACAAAAUAGAUGUUGCGUUGUGGGGCAUUAGAAUUCUGACCAUCCUGUGCACCAUAGGAUAUGUUAUACCAAUUUUCAACAAUCCAGUGUCUGCGUUCUACAAAGCACUUUUGGCGAAUGCCGCGGCUUCAGCCCUAAGGGUGCACCAGCGGAUCCCGCCGCGAGAGAUAACCUUAUCGAGAGAGUUUCUACAGAGGUUGUUCCAGGAAGACAGCGCGCACAAUCUCUUCUACUCGCUGAUAUUCAUCAAUGUUGCUCCCAAUUUGUUGAUUCUGACACCAAUAUUCCUGUUCGCCCUUCUUCACGCAGCGUCUGCUUCACUGGCAAUUCUCGAUACCCUGGGCCAGAACUCGAUGUGGGUGGCGCGUCUGAUUAUCUCGCUGGUGGAGUUCCAGUCCAGGAACAUUCUUCGCGCGGCUGCACUCGCUGAGAUAGUUCUCUUCCCGGUGGUCGUUCUUAUGGCACUUUUCGGGUACAGCGGGCUGAUGACGCCCUUCAUGUACUACUACUUCGUGAUGUGGCGGUACGCGUCACGCCGUAACCCCUACACCCGUAACACAUUCCACGAGCUGCGUGCGCUGACUGAACGUACGGCCCAGCGGCCUUCACUGCCAGCUCCGCUCAAGUCAGCGCUGCUCGCAGCCGUGCAGCUCGUAUGCCGCAUGGCGCCGCCCAUGGAAGUUCAGCAAUAAAUCACUGCAAUGAGACUAACGUCAAUAUUAGGCCGUUACGUGCGUACCGGUUGAACUUUACAACCAGAAUGAAGGAAUAAGAUGGCGACACUCGGAGAGAAAAACAACAACGCGCCUUUAAGAAAUUUUACCGCCGGUUCAAAUACGGUGGGUACAAUUGUGCCUUAUUUAGUACAAACUGUUGCCUCCCAAGAAUUUUUCAAUUUAUUAUUAUUAGUCUUAUAGACUUAGGACAAGCUAUCCCGAAUGGUAUAAUAGGCAAAUACGGUUUGAAACGUAUUCCGAAGUGCUAUCUUGAUCAGAUUUCAGCCGUUGAAAUUUAUCAUCCAGUUCAUUCAAAUUCAAAUCCAUUCUGGAUAUGUGGCAUCCCCCUCAGAUUUACAAGGGACUUUCUUACUUGUCAGAUGUAAUAUUGAGUAUUUAAAAAUCGCCGGUAAACGCUCCUGUUUUUCAUCUUUCAUCUGGUGUUGAAAGACAGCCCUUACGUUCAUUGCCCUCGUAUCAUAAAAAAAAUGUCCGAAGCCCCCUAGUCCGUUUAUCUUAUUCCUUAAUUCUGAGUUCACAAUUUUAUAUUUUACUCGUUGGUGCAUCAAGUUUAGCUAAGGUCUUUCAGCGGGCUUCUAUUGAACCUCGCUUAAUUAAUAUAAAUUACAUUUAUGUAUAAACAUAUAUUUUCAAUGUUUUAUCUGCUGUAUUUGAGAUGGAAUAUUUAGAGAAGGCUCAAUUACCUAUUCUGUAUGCUUAUUUGAAGGAUUGACAUGACUUAAGUCUCAACAUGACGUGAAUUAUGGCAGUUGCAUUCCGUAUAACAGCUCACUCAUUUAAAACUAAGUUUUUCCCGAACUUGAGUUCGUCACUUUUAUUUUGAGGGAUGUUCAGACGGAAUGCGUUUUUUAAAACGCAUAAAGUAAUUAAAAUUUAAAGAAAUUCUUGAAUUGUUAGGAAUCGCAGAUCGUUUUACAUUGCCGAUUUAAAACAUGUUCUUCAUUAUAUUCUUUUCAAUAUUUCAUAUUGCAAUCAUUUUAGUAGUACCCGCAAAUAUACUUACAGGCUUAUAAGUUACAUUUCCCGUAUUUGAAAUUAAAAUAAAAAACAUUUGUACAUUUGCCGGGCUUUUUGUUGGAUUGCAGUAGUGUAUCUCAUGUGGUGAUCACUUUUUAAACAGGUGACAUUGCUUUCAAAAUAUACAUAAGAAAAUAUUUCAAUUAAUUUCUAUGCAGAGAAUACAGUAAAACGCGUCUGUUACGCUUGCCGUCUGAAUAUGCCUUUAAAGAUUUUUCACGAUGUUCGUUACAAAAUUAUGUUACAUAUUCUUAAAGUACACCAUUUUUGUAUGUUCAUUAGUUUAUACCUUCUAUUUUAUCGAUGUAACGGGUCAGCGUGGUGUUAUUUAUAAGACUAAUUUUAAAAUAUCAAGACUUGGACAAUUUUAAGAACUAUUUAAAAUGAAAUAUAUGAUAUAUUUAUGCAUUUUUGUUAUUCAUGGGAUUUGAAUUUGUUUUAAGUUAAAUACGUUUAAACACUAACGGCCUUUCAAAUAAACUUGGUAUAAAGUUAUACCUGAGAAUAAACUAAGAAUAUGAAAAAUGUUUACAAAUAGACAUUUUGCUUGUGAUUGGUUUAUUCGGACGUAUAACGUUUCCCGCGUUUAUUUGCAAGGCUGCUUGACAUUCGGAAAACUUCAGAAUUAUCAUUAUAUCGACAGUGUUGUCAGCGAUAUAAUCAAUAUUUUGCGUAUUCUUGGUUUAUUAUCAGGUAUAACUUUAGACCAAGUUAAUUUUUAAGGCCAGUUGUAGUUAUUCAACUACUGAUGGCAGUGUGGCAAAUUCAAGUCCCAUUAAAGAUUGUGUUUAUUACUGAUAUGUAGGUCAUGGUGUUUGGAACAAGGCUGAAAUGAAAGAUAAUCAGUAAUCUUCACAAUCAGAUGUUUUUUUAUUAAAAGUCUCUUUCAUCCUUGAAAAUAGUUAACUAUAUUUGAAUUAAAUUAAAUUUUGUAAUACGAUAAAAAAUGUUGGUCCAAUAAUGAAUUAAGAUAAUUUAAGUGAAUUUUUGAUAUCAGAGGAGAACUCAGCUGUUAAUUUUAGCACGAUUCAAAUUAUAAUAGCACAUCUAUGGCAUUUGUUGACGAUGCGUUCGGACUGUCAGAUAGUCUUUACAAUUGUAUAUUCAAGUCUUUACUCACGCGAAUAGUUAUUGAAAGCUUCAUAAAUAUAAUUUUAUGUCAAUAUGUCGUAUAUGUGAGAAUUGGAAAGCAAAUUUGUAAACAGCAUAGGCCUGUAUUUUAUACUUGAAAGAAAUAAUUAAAAGUUGCAUAAAUUCCAACCGACCUUUUCCUCUGAUGUCGUGAAUCUAUUUUUUACGUUUCGCUUAUUGACUAUUUGUUUUAACUUUGUAAUGCAUUUCGAUAAAUUCCAGAUGGUUCUAUGUCGUGGAUUACUUUAAGAUGUUUACACUUGGUUUGGGAUGAAAGUAAAUGUAGGUUUAAUUAAAAAUAAAUAUUGUUUAUGAA